AUGAAGACGUUAACAGUGAUUUUAGUUAUAACUGUUCUAGGGAUACAAAUAUCGGGGUACUUAAUACAAGUGCCUACUCCACCUCCAGUAUUGUUUAGAGAUCCUGUCCCCUCACAAUGGCUACACUUACAAAAGUUGAUGAUUCCUCUAUUCGAAAAUGUAUGCGAAGACAGUACCGAUCCUGUCAUACGAAAACUGGCUCAAGAUUUCACCAUAAACUCUGCAGACUACUUGGAACCAAAUGCAAUUACAACUUUGCAAAAGCUUAUGUCAGCUGGCUUAUUGCCCAAGGGAGAAAUUUUCAGUGAAUAUAAUCCUGAACAUAUGAAGCAGCUGAAAAUUGUGUACGAAGCUUUUUACUCAGCCAAGAACUUUGAUGUGUUUUAUAAAGUCGCUGCUUGGGCGAGACAAAAUGUGAACUGCGGACUUUAUGUGAAUGCUAUCUACAUGGUUAUUCAAAGUAGAAAAGAUAUGGCGAAGUUGUCCAUACCAGCGCCAUACGAAGUUUUACCAAAUUACUUUGUACGUAAAGAUGUUCUUAUCAAAGCAACUUCCAUUCUUAGUGGACAAGAAGUUACCCCAACUGAAGGACUUCGUGAUGAAGGAAAUGCAUAUUACUUAGAUGCCAAUUAUACUGGCAUAUUUUACAACAACGAGGAUGAUUCAAAGUUGGCCUACUUCCGUGAAGAUGUUGGAUUAAAUUCUUAUUACUAUUUAAGAAAACUGAGGCUCUCGCCAUGGUUUAACAGUAAUAUAAUUGAUCGAUAUGGGGAAAAUAUUUACCAAAUGAUGAAACAAUUUGGUGCGAGAUAUAAUUUGGAGAGAUACGCUAAUGGUUUUCCGGAGAUAGAUGGUAUUGACUGGAAUUCACUGCCUGAUAUUCCUUACGAUCCAGAAUUAGUAUACUCAGAUGGGAAGGAAUUCAAUCAUAGGACAAUACCGCUAGAAUUCCCAGUAAACGAUGAAAUCACUUUAUUACAAACCAUAGAAAAUAAUGUAGCAGCUGUCGUUGGUCACAUGCGCCAGAGUGGAUACAAUAAAACACAGAUAUUAAAUCAUUUAAUGGAAAUCCUAGUCACGGGAGAACGGAGUUAUGAGACAUUGGCUCGCCAGCUCCUUGGCAAAGAUCGUACCAACAACGGACACGUUUCGGUACUGGAACACUACAUGACUUCACUGCGGGAUCCAAUGUUUUGGAAGAUAAACAAGAAAAUAGUUGACCUCGUGGAUAGUGCUCUAAAACUGUUGCCCACAUACUCAAGAACCGAACUAUACUUCCCUGGAGUAGAGAUCGUAAAUAUUGACGUGAAAAAGAUGAUGACAGCGUACGAUUACUUCGAGUUCGACGUUACAGACGCACUAAAAUUAGACGAUAGUAAGUCGACGUUCAAUGUUAAAAUAGGUCAACCUAGAUUAAAUCAUAAGCCGUUUACAGUCAAACUUAACAUAUCUUCUCUUGUAUCUAAAAAGGGCUUAGUUAAAAUUUAUUUGGGACCUAAGCUAUUGCCUGGAGAGCUAGCUGCUAAAAAGAAUCUUUUUACUCUACUUGACGUAUUUGAAGUAAAUCUUAAAGUAGGAACUAAUAUAAUAUCUAGGACAUCCGAUGACAUGCAGCACUUUUCUUCAGACUUUGUGUCGGUUAAAACUAUUCGUAAAAAUAUAGAAGAUGCUGAAUUCGGUUUGAAUUCUUUACCUUUAAAACGGAUUGAAGAUCAGAUUGGGUAUCCAACAAGACUUAUUUUACCAAAAGGUCUAUCUCAAGGAUUACCUAUUCAAAUUUUUGUAUUUAUUGCGCCAUUUACUAAAGCCAGUGUUAGCAGUUCAUACUCAGCAAGUAAUGCAGAAUUCAAUUCUGCAAUUUUAUCACCUGGGUAUCCUCUAGACUUGAUGGUUGAAGAUAAACAACUAUUCGGAUUACCAAACGCAUUGAUCAAGUAUGUUACAAUUACUCAAAAAGGUGAUAGCAAAGUAGAAAACUAUGGAGGACCUGGUGUUACAAAGCAAUGGUAUGGUACAAACACAUAUGAUCCAUCAGCACGACCGAACUACUCUGCAAAUACCCGAAAAUCAUUUGAUUACAAUGCUAAGAAAGGGCCUUCCAAAACUGGCAUUGAUGACAAUGGGGUAAGUGAAUAUGAUAUUGCUCCUGAAGAUUCUGUGAAUUACCUUGAAGAGCCUUCAAAAGGAAGCUUUGUACCUAAGGCAUUAAAUGAGCACAAUGUUGCGACAGUUCGGUCCUUAAACUUUAUGAAAUUUGACACACCGUUAAACAACAAUGCAGAUAUAUCAAAAUUAGAUAAAAAGGACGAGAAUGUCAAACAAGUAGACAGUGAUAAAUAUACUACUGUAAAAAAUGAAGAAGUCGAUACAGAAGUGGUAGUACCAGAAAAGGCAAAUGUUGAACCUGAUAUUGAAAAUAAAGACCAGGAAAUAUUAACUAUGCCACGUCUGCUAAAGUCAUCGGCACAAUAUGACUAUGCAUCAAAGUCUAAAUAUAGGGAAUCGUUCGAUUACAAAGCAAAGAAAGCGCAAUUUGACAAGAAAGAUUAUACUUCAACAAGAGUAGAUUACAAAAAAUAUAACUCAUACAAGCCUCCAGUAGAAGAAAAAAACUUGAUUGCUACUACACCGGCGCCUGUAAUAGAUGAGGAUAUUGUUAAUGAUAAAGAUAUGGUUGAUGUACUAUCGGAUCAACCAUCAUAUCAACCAAAGAUUGAAGAUUAUGUAUCUAAGAGAACAGAACAAUAUGAUUACAAAGCUAAGAAAGCACAAUUUGAUAAAAAAGAUUAUUCAGCAAAAAGAGGAGAUUACAAAAAAUAUCACUCAUCGACGCUACCAGUCGAAGAAGAAAAUCUGAUUGCUACUACAUCAGCAGCUUUAAUAAAGGAUGAUUAUUUUAAUGAUGAAGAAAAUGUCGAUAUAUUGGUAAAGCCAUCGUAUCAACCAAAAAAUGCAGGCUAUGUAUCUAAAAGAAAAGAAAAUUAUGAUUAUAAAGCAAAGAAAGCGCAAUAUGAAAAGAAAGAUUAUUUAGCAAAAAAGACAACAAGAAAUAUGACUCAUUUAAACAAGAAGAAGAUCAUAUGGCUACUCCAAUAG